AUGGAUAUGGAUAACUGCGAACAUCCUGAUUCGACUUCUACUGCUUUCUCAAACUCUCUCGGAUCACUAGGAACAGUCGAAUUCGUGGUAGCGAAUACCAUUGGUGUCACUUCCAAUCUCGAUCGAGAUGUCAAAACUCAUCACAGAGUUGAAUUUGACCAAUGGUCAAGACAACUGAACAAAGAUGAUCCCAACCAAACAAAAUUAGUCGACUUUGUUGCAAGGAAGAUCCAAUCAUCUCCAUGUCUGAUGCAAUCAUAUCCGGGCAAUCAUGAACGGCUACACGAAUUACAGAAUGAGAAUGCUACCACUCAAGAUUUGAUCAUCGAUGUUGGCUUUGCUUUAUCAUUGGUGGAAAGACCAGGGUUUCUACGAUUCAUGGACAAGACUGAUUCAAAACUCUCAAUGAUUAGUCGAAGAACUUUGAGUCGAACAACGAUUCCGGCUCUGUAUAACAAGAUGAAUGAAUCUUUGAAACAAUUCUGCUCAUCAUCCGAAUACAUCUCGUUGACGCUCGAUAUCUGGGCCAGCAAACGAAUGCGGCCGUUCCUCAGUAUCACUGUGACUGAUAAUUCAUCAAAUAACAUUAAAACAUUUGGCGACCGAAUUAUUCUCGGUUUUGAACAAUACUUUUCCAUGAACGGUGACGACACAACCGAUGGUAGUCGCAAUGAAAGAUAG